CCGGAGCGGCACAGCCCGAGCGAGCUCAGACCAGAAGCAGACCAGCCCAGAGCAGCUCAGUUCAGCUUAGAGCAGCCCAGCUCAGCCGGGCGGAGGUGGCAGCGGCUGCGGCAGCCAGAGCUGUCCCGUAUCAGCCGCUGUCGGCACACCCCGGCUGCGUUCCGGAGCGCCGGCCGGAAUCUGAGAGAGCGAGGGAAGGCGCCCGGCCCGCACUUCGCCGCUCUCCGCCCGCAAUCGCCCGGGACACCCGCCGCGACACCGACAUCGACACCGGCCGCCGCCGCCGGCGCCGCGCCAUGGCGCUCGCAAGGCAAGUGCUUUGUGUGUGUGCUUUGCUGGGGCUGCCGCUCGCUCGCGCCGAGCCCAUCCGCUACUCCGUAGCCGAGGAGGCGGAAAGCGGCUCCCUGGUGGGCGAGCUGGCCGAGGACGCGGGGCUGACGCCGGCGCAGCUCUCGGCUCGCCGCGCCCGCCUGGUCUCGGAGGACGGCCGCCAGCAUUUUCGCUUGGAGCGCGCCUCCGGCCGCCUCGUCGUGGCGGGGAGGCUGGACCGGGAGCAGCUGUGCGCCCAGUCCGACACCUGCAUGCUCCCCUUCGAGCUGCUGCUCUCCAAUCCUCUGCAGUUCUUUCGGGUCGAGGUGACUGUGAAGGAUAUCAAUGAUCAUUCACCCGUCUUUCUCGAGGAUCAAGUCAGUUUUGAAAUCCCUGAAACGAGCGAGCCGGGUUCUCGUUUUCCGCUGGAGGGGGCUCGGGACCUUGAUAUUGGCAGCAAUAACAUCCAGGCGUACAGUAUCUUUCCUGAGAACGAUUACUUUAGUGUCUCCUAUGGAAGUCGGACUGAAGACGACAAAUAUGUUGAACUGGUCUUAGAAAAGGCACUAGACAGAGAGGAGCAGGCAGAGAUAGGUUUCAGCGUUAUUGCCGUGGAUGGGGGUACUCCAUCCCGGAGUGGCACCACCCAAGUCCACAUUGCAGUUCUAGACGCAAAUGACAAUGCUCCCAUCUUCACACAGGAGGUGUACAUUACAAAGGUUUUGGAGAACAUGCCAGAAGGCACUGUGGUUCUUACUGUUUUAGCAAGUGACCCGGAUGCAGAAGUUAAUGGGGUCAUCUCCUAUCAACUCAGCCAGGCAGUGGGACAGAGUGACUCAGCAUUUGUGAUUGACCCCAUGAGUGGUGUCAUUAAACUCACAAAACCUCUAGACUUUGAGGAAGCAGAGGAUCAUGAAGUCCGUGUGAGGGCCAGAGAUGGAGGAGGGCUGUCAGCAAUCUGCAAGGUGUUGGUGGAGGUGGUGGAUGUGAAUGACAAUGCCCCAGAGCUGGUGGUCAGUUCCUUCAGCAGUCCCCUCCCCGAGAACACAGUGCCCGGCACGGUGGUUGCCCUGUUUACGGUCAGGGACCGGGAUUCUGGUGCCAACGGGAAGAUCUCCUGUGCCCUGCAGGAUCAGCUCUUCUUCUCCCUGCGGCCAGCCUACAAGAAUUACUAUGAGCUGGUGACGGUGAGCACGCUGGACCGCGAGGAGACGCCUCAGUACAUCCUCAGUGUGACGGCAGCAGAUGCGGGCUCGCCUCCUCUCACCAGCACGCACACCUUCACCGUGGACAUCUCCGACGUCAAUGACAAUGCCCCCGUCUUCAACCAGACCUCCUACACCAUGUACGUGCGUGAGAACAACGUGCCCACGGUGUUUGUGGGAGCCGUGAGCGCUGCAGAUGCUGACAUGGGGCUGAAUGCCAAGGUGACCUAUUCCCUGGCAGCAGAGCAAGGGCCAGAGCGGGCGUGGUGCUCGUGCAUCUCGGUGAACUCGGAGAAGGGACACGUGUUUGUGCUGCGGCCCCUGGACUACGAGCGCUUGAGGCAGACCGAGGUGACGGUCAGUGCCUCUGACGCGGGCUCUCCUCCGCUGAGAGCCAACGUCACCGUGCGCCUGGUGGUGCUGGACGAGAACGACAACGCCCCGCUCGUGCUCUACCCGGUCCAGGAGAGCGGCCCGGCCUCCAGUGAGCUGGUGCCCGUGUCGGCUGAGGCGGGCUACCUCAUCAGCAAAGUGGUGGCCGUCGAUGCCGACUCGGGACAGAACUCGUGGCUCUCCUACCACCUGCUCAGGGCCACCGACCCAGGCCUGUUUUCCGUGGGCCUGCAAAGCGGCGAGGUGCGUCUCAGGAGGCCGGUGACAGAGAGAGACAGCGUCAAGCAGAAGCUGGUGGUGCUGGUCAGAGACAACGGCAAGCCCCCGCUGUCAGCCACGGCAGCUCUCAGCGCUCUCCUGCUCAAGGACUUCUCCGACGUGCGCCUGCCGCACAGCAGCCCGGCCAGCCAGGAUCAGGCUGCCGCCUCCCUGACCACCUAUUUAAUCAUUGCCUUGGUCUUUGUCUCCCUCCUCUUCCUCAUCUCCACGGCAGUGCUGCUGGCUCGCAAGGUGUGCAGGAGGAAGGAGCUGAAGGCUGGCCAUGUGCUCUAUGCUGCCGACACCUUGCAGAACGGUCUGGCCGAUGCGGCCGCUGCAGGGACCCUGCCCCGCGCCUAUUGCUACGAGAUCAGCCUCACCACGGGCUCGGGCAACAGCGAGUUCAGAUUCCUCAAGCCCAUCCUGCCCAGCCUGCCCCCACAGCACUGCGCCGUGGGCCAGGGCCCCGAUGAGGAACAGGAUUUCCCCGGUGUCCCUGUCAGCAGCGAGGACAUGGCCCCAGACAAUGCUGGCACUCUCUCUGCAGGACAGUUCAACGCUCUUUCCUUUGACUAGCUGGGGUCUGCUCAGACUGAGGCUUCAUGGCCUAUGUGGGAAGGAAAAUAUCCAGGCCACAGCAUGUGGCAGUGGUACCUCUUGAGUAAAUUUGUAUUUUCAAUUGGUGCAAUCAGCUUCCUUCAAAAUCCAAUUCAGAAUAAAUAUUUUCUGCCCCUCCAAAGCACAAAUAAGAAAGAAAAGUCACUCAGGUUCUCACACUGAGGCAAUAGUAUGUUUCAGCUCUUAUGGUAAUUUCUGGGAAGUGUUUAAGUGUGGGAAUAGCACUCCAGCUAUGCUGUUUUCUCUCUUUCUUUGCAAGUAGACAGUCAAGCUUUUCUUCUGUCUCGUGACACAAACGCACACUUUGACAGACUCUUCCAGAUCUUCUCCUUCAUAACAUUCAGAAAACCCUUUUCCCAGCUCAGGAAAGCAAAUAUGUUGAGAGUACAUUGUCACAGUGUUUUGUGAGGACUGGCCUCUUUCUUCCCCGGGUUCCGGAUGCCUCUGUCUGAGAUGAGUGGGUUCCAUGUGCUUUGGUUUCCUGUCAGUCUGUACAGCCACUGAGUGUUUGCCUAUCUUUCACUAGUGCUGCCUGGUGGAGUUGCUCCCAUCCAACCUCUGCAAUGCAGGCAGUUGCAGCUCAGCUGCCAAGAAGAGUAUUCUGACCCUCUGAGUACAGGAGUCUCAUCCUCUCCAGGGCAGAGAAGAGCAGUAAAAUG